GUGCGAUUUUUUUGCUUAGAAUAACAAAAAGUUUUCAAAUAUAAAAAAUGGAUAGUAAUAUCAUCCAUAAAUUUGAAUCAAAGAUGUGCACCCUUUGCAGAUUUACUGGAGUCAAUCAAUAUUUUGACAUAAAUUCAAAUUUCAUAGAAUAUAAUGGAAUUUAUCACUCUCUUCAUGAAAUUUUGAAUGAGGCACUCAGCAUUAAUAUUCAAAGUGGAAACUUAUCAGAAAUUUGCUUAGAUUGCAAAGACAAAGUCAUUAAAUUCUAUCAUUUUAAGCGGAAAGUGCAGGAAACCCAAAAGCAAAAUAUUCGCGAUAAAAAGCCGACAAAUAUUCCCCAAUUGCAAAAAUCUGUAAAAAACAAACAAAGUAAGGUUGUUCAUAAUAUUUAUGAUAUUGUAAAAAAUUACACGGAAAAAUGUUCUAUUGUAAAAAUCCGUGUGAAUGAGAAUAACAGAAAACUGAUAAUUGAAUCAAAUGAAGAUAAUCAUGAAACCGGAUCAAUAUCAGAAGACUUAGAUCAGCAGCAUUCCUUUAAUCACUUGAAAAUAAAAGAGGAACCUGAAUCAGAUAUUUGUGAAAGUUCUGAUAUGAUUUCGUGGAAAUGCAGUUCACAAAAUAGUCAUGAAUCAGCAAAUUUAUUUGAUUUUAAUGAUGUAGUUAUUAUAAAGCAAGAACCAGAAGAUCUUCCAGAUAUAACUUUUGAAGAUUAUUCUGAAAAGUAUUUAGAAGAAACUGAUCAUCACAGUUCGAUGGACAAUUCAUUUGAACUGGAUGAAAAGGACCAGAAAAUUUCGAAAGCUGCACUGAAAAUGAGAAAAUAUCGUGAAAAGCUUAAACUUCCAGAAAAUCGAGAAAAAUUUUUAGAACACAAAGAAAGACAGAAAUUCUGGAAUAGACGACACUAUUUAAGAAAACAAGCUAGAUCAAGCAAAUAUAAUAGAUCUUCGAGAAUUUACAAUGAUUUUGAUAAUUUUUUUAUUUCUUAAAAUUUCAAGUCAUUAAAAGCUAAUCUAGUGAUUGAUUAAUAAGUGAAGUUAAUUCACUUAGGAAAGAAAAGAGCCUAUACUUAUCCCAUGCAGACAAAAGAUUUUUGGAUUAUUAACUUUUACAGAAAUUUGAUUGUAAAUAAUUAAACAAUUAAUACAUCCUGUUUAAUAAUAGAUAAAUUAGGAGAAAAGAACGAACAUUGUAAAGUUUAAUUGUAAGUCUUGUGUUUAAUCUCUAAGAUUAGAAAUCUUUUAAAAAAGAACUCUCUAUUUAUUUAUAUUUAAUAUAGAAAUAUAACAGAAUGUAUUCGGUAUUAAUCCAUUGAGUUCAUUGGUAGCUUGUGAUUUAUAAUUUUAAAUCCAUAGGAUAAAAUGAUCUUCCAUUAUAAAGAUGCUUCAAGACAUCGUUAAAUUUAGUCCUGAUGGAUAAAUAAUUAUUUUUCAAAUAAACAAUUCAUUGAAAAUAAUUCUUAAGCAUACUUAUAAAUAACAUCAUUUC